AUGCGGCCUCUCGCAGACAUUACCUUGGAUCAGUGGAAUAUGCAGGUCGACCUCAACAUCAGAGGAAUGCUUCUGCUUACGCAAGCUGUGCUGUCUCAUCUCGCGCCAAACAGCCAUAUAGUCAACUUGAGCAGUGUUGGUGCCCGCCAGGGCUUUCCAGGGUCGACAGUAUAUAGUGGUACGAAAUCCAUGAUCGAAUCUUUCACCAGAUGCUGGGCUUUGGAGUUGGGCCCUAAGUAUCAUUGCACAGUCAAUGCAGUCGAACCUGGCCCUACCAAUACCGCCGGUUUCACUCAAUCUGGCCCAGAAUUCCUGGAGAAUGUCCAGCCUCUCCUCGACGCCACACCCAUGGGGCCACGCAUGGCCGAGCCGUCCGAAAUAGCCUAUGCAAUUGCAUUCCUUUGCGAGGAUAAGAGCAGCUGGAUCACGGGUGCUUGUCUUCCAGUGAAUGGAGGAUUUUCAAUGCCAUGA